AUGGAGUUGGACGGCCUUGCAGCCUUUGAGAAGGCGCUGGCCGCUGAAAAGGCAGAGCGAGAGCGUGCCGCUCGGGAGAAAGAAGAGCGGCGCGAACGCAAACACAGACACCACCAUCACCACCAUCGCAGCCGCAGCAAAUCACCCAAGCGCGACCGUGAUUCAGACAGACACAAACAUCGCAGUCGAAGCCGAGAUAGAGAUCGACACCGCGAUAGGGAUCGCGACCACGACAGGCAUGAACUUCCAGGCCGUGACGGCGAAAAGGACAGGCGAUCACGGCACCUUUCUCGGGAGCGCGACUCUGAUGAGGACAGGCAUCGUGAUAGGCACUCGCGUCGGUCUCGUGACGAGGGCGAUCGCGACCGCAGUGAUCGACACAGGCAUCGCCGCAGAUCUAGAUCGCGAUCGAAAGAACGGGACCGCGAUAGAUACGAUAAGCACACAGUCAAGGAUACAAAGGACCUGAAGUCUUCAGACCCGAAAGCAGAUCUUCCAUUGCCAGACGAGGAGAAGACGCCUGCUGGCAGCACGCCCCUUGUUCGCGAUGCGUGGAUGACAGCACCGUCCGCCAUGGACAUUGAUUACAUCCAUCGCAGACAGAAGGAUAAAAGCCCUUCCCCAGUGAGAGAAGAGCCGAGACUGGUUUUACAUAAACGCGAACUCAAUACGAGGUUAGCCGAUGACGACUGGAAAGAGCCAGCGCCUGCGAAGAAGCGAGAGGUCAACUACACCUUCGGUGAUGAAGGGUCAGAAUGGCGGAUGACCAAGCUGAAGGGUGUUUACACGAUCGCCGAACAGACUGGGCGAUCUGUGGAAGAUGUUGCACUUGAGAGAUAUGGCAGCUUGGAAGUGUUUGACGAAGCCAUGGAGGAGAAGAUGGAGCUCGAUCGGAGGAAACUAUAUGGUCCGGGUUACGUGGGCAAGGAGAAGCCCACAGGUAACCUGUACAGGGAACGCAUGGCUAAGACUCGCCCUCAGCCUGCUCGAUCCCCAUCUCCGGAACCGCAACAAGGUCUUGUAAUCGAGGACAAGAUCCAGCCCGCGCCGCCGAUGGACCAGUCGGCCUUAAACCGGUUACGCGCUGGGUAUCUGAGAGCGAAAUUCCGCAAGGCACCCGAAGCGGCAAAACUUGAAGAGGAAUACAACAAAGCAGCUGCUGCGUUUACCACUGGCGCCGCAUCUAACAAUGCCAUUGUCCUCGAUGCUUCCUACAACCGUAUGCUUGCUGGCCCUCGCCAUGAGGUCAAAGCAGUUACCACCAAGCGUGGCCGCGAACGCGGUCAGGUCGAAGCUAACGAAGACAUGACUAUUGAGGACAUGAUCAGCGAAGAGCGGCGCACCCGCGGCCAACCCGGAGGUGAGGGUCUUCGUCUAGCCGAGCGCAUCGCCAAGGACGCGCGGUUUGAGAACGAUCUUGAGUAUCUCGAGGAGAACGCGGAAUGGCUGGCCAAACGUGUCCAUAAGACGGACUUGAGCCUUAAGAAUAUCGCAGUCAACGAAUAUCAGAAGCUUAAUCGCAUCCUUGAGACAUGCCCGCUCUGCUACCACGAAGACCGAAACCCCCCACAGAACCUUCCCAUUGCUCCCGUCAUCUCCCUCGGCACCCGGACCUACCUCACCCUCGCUCCCGAGCCCGAGAUCAAUGGCGCCGAAGGCGGUGCCGUCAUCGUCCCUCUCACGCACCAUACCAACCUCCUAGAGUGCGACGACGACGAAUGGGAAGAAAUCCGUAACUUCAUGAAGAGCCUGACCCGGCUAUACCAUGACCAAGGUCGAGAUGUGAUCUUCUACGAGAAUGCAGCGGCCCCAAAGCGACGCCAACACGCAGCGCUGGUCGCCGUGCCAAUCCCGUACGAGCUGGGCGAUACGGCGCCAGCCUUCUUCCGCGAGGCAAUGCUUUCGUCGGAUGAGGAGUGGGCGCAGCAUAGAAAGGUUAUUGAUACGGGGAAGAAGGCUAAGGAGGCCUUGGGGAGGAUGGCGUUCCGGCGGAGUAUCGCGAAGGAGAUGCCGUACUUCCAUGUAUGGUUUAAUCUGGAUGGUGGACUGGGGCAUAUCGUGGAGGAUGAGAAUAAGUGGCCGAAGGGAGACCUGUUUGCGAGGGAAGUGAUUGGGGGUAUGUUAGAUGCAGAGCCUGAUGUGAUCAAGAAGCAAGGGAGGUGGACCAGGAGUGAUGAGCGCGUGGAAGGGUUCAAGAAGAGAUGGAGGAAGUUCGACUGGACAAGGGUUCUUACGGAGGGUAUUGUUGUUCAGACGGAUGGUGCUUCGGUUUAA